CAAGUACUCCGUCUACAUUGUGUUGGGGAAGGAGAGGGUAUAAGGCUGUACUGCGACUGGAUGAGGGACUGGAACGGCCAGACAUCUGGGGAUAUUAACUGCGCUUUAACGGCGAAGGCAAGAUGACUGCAGCUCAUUCCUGCCACUUCUUACUCCUCUUUGUGAUCCUACUCAUCAGAACAGGAGAUAAAAUUAUCGGAGCCGUGGAAGCGCAGAAUGGAGAUAGAAUAAUUGGAGGCGUGGAAGUGCAAAAUUACACCAUACCGUAUCAAGCCUCGCUCCAGUACAGAAACAGCCACUUCUGCGGGGCCACCCUCAUCAAUAGAUUGUGGCUGGUGUGUGCCGCCCACUGCUGGAGACCGGCUCACUUAUUUACAGUGGUCCUGAGUGAACACAACCUACACCAGGAGGAAGGUUUUGAGCAAAGGUUCAAUGUCUCCAAAGUCAUCGUCUACUACCUGUACAACUACAGGACCUUCGACAAUGACCUUAUGCUGGUCAAGCUCGACCGACCCGCUGAACUGAACUCCAGGGUCCAGCCUGUCACCAUGCCGACCGAGAGCACGCCGGAGCUGGACCGUACCACCGGGUGCUCGGUCAGCGGCUGGGGGCUGACGAGGGUGUACAACCAGUUCCUGUCUCCCGUGCUGAGGGUCGUGGACGUGGAGUUCAUUCCCAAUUGCAAGUACUACUACUGGUUCAGGAUCACCGACAACAUGAUCUGCGCGGGCUCGCGCUUUGGCGGCAAAGACUCGUGUCAGGGCGAUUCUGGAGGUCCGCUUAUCUGUAACAAUAAAUUUGAGGGCAUUGUGUCCUGGGGCAUCAGCUGUGCACACGCUUAUUAUCCUGGUGUCUACACCAAGGUGCGAAACUACCUCGACUGGAUCAACUGGGUCGUUCAGUACGACGCCAUUACGCAGGCCUAAUAUAAACGACUUGAGGAGGGACUUUCCUCUGUUACGGAGUUUCAAUGUCUCUACACAUGACCCCUGUCAGAUAUGCCAAUAUAAAAAGUACAGCAUUGAAUGUUAGUAUUUUCUUUACACAAAUGAAUGGGUACAUGGACAUAAUUUCUACACGAAAUAGGCAUGCAUAGGUUUUCGGUCCCCAAGCAGAAUCAUCGAGACAUUAAAAGAAGGUUGGAAAAUAAUA